AUGUCUAACCGCUUUGUAUCGGCGGGGACAAUUGGCUCCUCAGGGGAACUCUCUAAAGACACAGGCGCCGCAGCAGCGCCCACUGAGCAGCCCCUGUACGACUCUGCGAAGAAUAAGGAGUGGGAGACGGUUCAGAAGGAGCUCGAUGCUGAGCGGCGUCGGCGCGAGGAGCAGCGCGUCAAGGCCGCCACCGGAGAGGGCGAGCAGAGCCUGUAUGACAUUUUGCAGGCGAAUAAAGCGGCAAAGCAAGCUGCGUUUGAAGAACAGACCAAGCUGCGCAACCAGUUCCGCGCCCUAGAUGAUGACGAGAUAGAGUUCCUGGACGAGAUACGCGCCAACAAGCGCGCAGAGGAGGAACGCGUGCGGCGCGAGACGGAGGAAGGUCUCAAGGCGUUCAGGGAGCGGCAGAAGGGCGAUGCUGGAGAGGGGCCGCAAGAUGAGCCUGCUGCAGAAGGGGAAGGUGAAUCGUGGGAGGUUGGACGGAAAAGAAAGCGCGUCAAGGAGAGGGAUGUCAAGGGUCUGAGGAGAAAAGUCAGCGCCGCAGAAGAGGACAACAAGGAUGAAGAGCCCGCAAAGCAAAGGGAGACUGAGAUAAAGAAUCAGCCGGAAGAAGCAAAGACAGAGACCAAGACCGAGACAAGUACGAAACCGCCCGAGAAGAAGGGCCUCGGGUUGGUGGGUUACGGGAGUGAUUCAGACGAGGACGAUUGA